AUGCUACCCAAAAAGGAAGCCAACACAUGCGAGAAGCAUGGCAAGGCACCCAACGCAAUGGUGAAAGGCAUGACCGCGCUGAAGAGCACCGCUGGCCGGGAGGCCCCGGAGUGGAAGCGACACAGCAACCAGCCCUCCCUCAGCAAGUCGACUCGGGUCAUCAGCCGCUACUACCAGAAGAUGAGUGAAGUCAAGGAUGUCCCCAGCCCUAGCGACACUGGCUUUGUGUCUCAAGUGGAGGAACUGCGAAAGGCGUUUCUCACGCGUCCCGGCUGCCUUCUGUUUAGCACCAGGGCCACAUCCAUGUCUCAAUAUGGGUCGACCAUGGCAGCUGCUCUGCCUAGAGAGCUAAGUGUCAGCGGGGAGACCUGGAAGAUGACCGAGGACACGCUCUCAGGCCGGCAGUGCUCGGACACUAACGUGGACGGGCACCUUCUGCCCUUCAGUAAGAGUGCCUGUGAGUUCAAUUACUUGCAAAGAAGGAGCAAAUCCCAGACGAUGAACCUGGUGCCCAGCAGCCCAGUUGCAGCCCAGACCUGCUUGAGAAAGAAGAUGCCCUGGUACAUCUCGGUCAUCCACGAGAAGGACAACUGCCUGUUCAUGCUGGGUAAGGAGGUCCAGCGCCUGUCAGAGCUGGAGGUGCAGAGCCGGAAGAAAGAUGAGGAGAUCCUCGUGCUGCGGGAGGAGAGGGAGGCCCUGAAGAAGCAGCUGAAAUGCCUGCUCAAAGACAAAGGCUGGGAGACAUCCGUGUCACCAGGCCUGCAGGAGCUGCUGCCCGAGGCGCUGGCCAAGCCGGGGCAGGUGAGCAUCCUGCAGGGCGUCUGCAGGGACGAUGAGGAGGAGCUGCUGCUGCUGCGCUGGAAGCAGAUGCAGGAGGACUACAUGGUGGCGAAGAAGGGCAAGGACCUGGAAGGAGGAGGAGGAGGAGGAGGCGAGGAGGAAGAGGACUUGGUGGGGGCCGCUGAGCGGGCAGAGGGGAUGGGUGCAAACGGGGAUGCAGGCAAGAAGGGGGCUGUGCAGGAGGAAGCAUGUGAGGAAGAGGAGGGGGGUGAGGAAGAGGAAAAGGAGGGGAUAGUGGAAGAGGAGCCAGAUGAGGAGGGAGAAGAGGAGGUCCAGAGAAGGAGGAUGUACUCGCUGGACGAGGCGUUUGAGGAUGAGCUGAUGGCCAGACUGGAGGAGUACGAGCAGGUGGUCCAGGAGAUCCAGUACGACCUGGAGAUCACCAGGAGCAGAUACUCGCUGGCAACAGGAGCUAUUACAUCUUUGCAAAGACAAGUGGAUUUCCAAGAGUCCCAGCUGCAGAAGAUCAACACGGAGAAUGAGAUGCUGCAGAAGGAGCUCCGAGAGCGGAAGAAUCAGCUACAGGCCAUGUCCAACAAGUUCUCAAACCUCCGAGAAGGCAGGAAGCAUGAAGAAAUGAUGGGGCUCAUCGAGAAAGACAACCUUCUCCUCCGACAGCAAGUGUUGGAGCUGGAGAGCGAGCUCAUGAAGCGUGACCACAUCAUCUCGGAGUACGACACCAAGGUGCACCAGCUGCAGGCCCAGGUGAACCUGCACCAGAACCACCUACAGAGGCGGAAGGACCUGCAGGAGGAGUUACAGAGCAAAAACGAGCUGAUCCAGCAGGCUGAGCAGCAAGCUCGCGUGGCCCUGGAGAGCGCCCAGUCCAGGCUUGAAAGACUAAGAAAUAAGAUCAUCCAGGCCACCUUUAGCAUCACAGGGGUCAAGUCCUUGGUCACCGAGAUCUCUGACAAUGACAUCCUGGAGGCUCUGCAGAGGGUCAUCUCAGAGAGAACUGACUACUAUAACCAGUUGAAGCAGAAAGGUGUGAAAGUGCCCCCCAUGAACCAAUCGGAUGUCAUACUCUCCUCGCCCAGCAAAUCCAAGAAGGUGACUCCCAAGUAG